AUGGGUAACCCCCUCGAACUGCAGCUAGAGAUUGCAAAACCCAUUACUCUCAAAUGCGGACUGACACUGCCAAACCGACUCGUCAAGGCGGCAAUGGCCGAGGGAUGGGCCGACAAGGAUAGGCAGCCGCACGCAGACCUUGUCGAGACGUACGGUCUCUGGGCUGAAGGCGGCUGGGGCAUGAUCCUUACAGGCAAUAUACAUAUUGAUGCCACCUACCUGUGCACGCCAGAUGACUGCGCCGUCAACGACGCCCUGACCGCGGCGCAGCACGUCUCGUCCUGGUCGCAGUGGGCAAAGGUGGCCAGCAGGGCGGGCACGCCGACCAUCCUGCAGAUCAACCACCCUGGCCGGCAGUCGACGCUUGGCUCCGGCUCCCGGGCGUACCUGGCCAAGACCGUGGCGCCGAGCGUCGUGCCCGUGAACCUGGGCUCCGGGCUCGUCGCUAAGGCGUCCAGCGCGAUCGUCUUUGGCCAGCCGCGCGCGCUGACGGAGCCGGAAAUCCGGGACAUUGUCGCGCGGUUCGCGGCCGCCGCUCGCAUGGCGCAUCAGGCGGGCUUUGCCGGCGUGCAGAUCCACGUCGCCCAUGGAUAUCUCCUGGCGCAGUUCCUGUCGUCGAAGACGAACAAGAGAACGGACAGCUACGGAGGCUCGCUGAAGAAGCGUGCGAAAAUCGUGGUCGAUGUGAUCAACGCUGUGCGGGCAGAGGUACCGAGCGGCUUCUGUGUUGGGCUCAAGAUUAAUAGCGUCGACCACCAGAGCUUCGGGGAGCUUGGCGAUUGUCUCGAACAGCUUCAGGACAUUGUCGAUGCUGGUGUUGAUUUCCUCGAAAUUAGCGGCGGCAACUAUGAGGACCCCCAGAACAUGGUUUCCACAACAGCCGCAACGCAGGGAAAGGUGUCGCCCAGCACGGCAGCUAGGGAGGCCUUCUUCCUCGAGUUUGCUAAAGCAGUCCGCAAGGCUUUUCCGGACACCCAUCUUAUGGUGACUGGUGGCUUCCGCAGCCGGCUCGGUCUCGAUCACGCUGUCAAGUCCGGUGCCUGCGACAUGGUGGGCGUCGGGCGGCCAUCCGUCAUCGACCCAAAACUUCCACAUACUGUCGUGUUUAAUCCUAGAAUUGCCGACGAGGAUGCCAGGUUGGCAACCAAGAACUUUUCGCGCUCUUGGCUUGCGUGGCUGCUUGGCGUGAAGGGAAUUGCCGGAGGCACUGAGACGGUGAGAUGCCCAGAUCCCCCACCACCUACCUGCAAAGCACACGUCCGCAGAUGA